AUGAGUAAAGUUGCCGAGGUUUCCAAUACUGAAAGUGUGAAAGGUUUUCUAGUGUUGUCUGAUGUGCUUCUGGAGAAACCGUUGGUUUAUGAGCUGAAGGACGAAGGGAAAAAUGUGGUCGGAUUUCCGGGAACAAAUGCCGACAUUUGUCUACCUUCGUUUGGAUUUGGUGAUGUGUUCAACAAUCUUCGUACCGAUCAUUGCUUCUCUGUUGAAUUCCACCGAGCGAGGAAGGAAUGGGUGAUCAUUAGGGCUUUUGACCAGAUCGAGUUUCUCAAUGUUCGGAAGCCAUGGGUGAGAAACACUGAGCUAUUUGGAGGCAGUGUAAGAUUCGUGGAAGGUCUCCUCAUGGGGAUGUUGUUGCCUGAGAGCUCUGCCUCACUUGACCACUUGGACUCUUUCAAAUUCAAUGCAGUUGUUUCUGAUCCUGAAUUUGUUUACCGCUUUGAAUUCUGGAUUGGCCACAGCGCUUCAGAAAUACUCAAUAAACUGCUGGAAGAAGACAACAAGUUGCUGCAUUUGCCGGAUAUCCUUUUAUCCAGAAUAGUGUCCUUCCUUCCUCCUUUGUCCGUGUUGCAAGAGCUACAUUUGGCUCUGCCAAACGUUCUUACGAGAGUAAAAAAGCAUAUUCCGUGGACGCGAGUUUCCGUGGAUGCAACGUUGGAUUCUUUCCGCACCCUGCAAAUUUUGUAUCCCGGUGCAGUGACUGACGUGAUUUUGGGCAGGAAUGAUCAGUUGACUGAAGAAUUGAACAAGGAUCUCAUUGAACCCUGGGCUGAGGUUGUGUCCAACAAGGCCCAGAUCAAAAGUGUGACUUUUACUGACAUACGCUCUUUCAGCACUUGGGGCUUCCCUUUGCACAAUGCGAAUAUAAUCAUGAUCGGCAACCAAGGAGGAGGGGUAUCCUUUGUCGAAUGGAGCAAUGAUUACUGUUCCUGGAAAUUCCUCAAGUUCCCUUCGCCUCAUUCUAUGCUCAAGUAUCUUCCUGUGAUGAAAAAUGUCAGUUACAAACCGUGUCCAAAUGAGGAAUACUGGUCAAAUGGUGUGCAUCACCUGGAGCAAAUUGAGAAAUUCAGAGCUGUUUUGGAACCCUGGUCUAGUCACGUGCCAUUUGAUAAACUGAGUGGCAUCAAGGUGCUGGAACUUGGGUUGAGUCGAAGGACGAACUUCGAAGGUGGUUGUGUGACGUUUGAUGUGCCGUUGUUGGAAGUACUCGGAGUACAUGUUUCUCUGUUGGACUCAUCGUACCUGGAUUUGACUCCUGAACGAAUGCAUGCUAGCGUGCCAAAACUGAAGCACUUGACCGUCUUUGGUGGCCUGGAUGACACAACGCUUGAAGAGCGGUUCGUCAAAGACAAUGAUCUCGUUGUGUGGAGUAACGUUGUGGAAUUGGUGCCAUUUUUGGAAACUUUGGUAUUGAAGAAUGUCCACCUGAGUUGGGGGUGUUUGUUGGAUCUUUUACGCGCUUGCGAAGGCCUCAGGUAUUUGCAGCUGGAAAUGUUUGCUCCUUUGGGAGCUGAUUUCUGCGAACGAGUCCUGCUUGAUGGGAUUCCGACUGGUGCCCGGGGGUCUUGUAUGGGGCGCCUUCCGAAGCGCACUUUCAUUGACUCGUUGCGAGUGUAUGUUCGUGGGGGAGCUGGGGGAAUGGGAUUCCCGAAAUUCGGAGGAUUCGGUGGAAACGGUGGCAAUGUCUCAUUUAUUGGAAGCGAAGAGGCGUCUUUGGCAAAGUUGAAGGAGAAAAAUCCAUCGAAGCGGUUCAUAGCUGGUAACGGAACUAACAGUAAAGCAGUCGCCAUUCUCGGUCAACCAGGGGCAAAUUUAGAUAUCAGAGUCCCUUGUGGCGUCGAGGUCGUCAAUGAACUCGGAAGAGUGGUAGCAUCAAUUGAUGAACCCUCUGAGAAGGUUCUGGUUGCGACCGGUGGGAUUGGCGGGAACCCGACGAAUCAAUACUGCGGACAACCGGGUCGUAGUGCCAUGUACGUGUUAGAUCUGAAGAUAAUCGCGGAUGUUGGUCUUGUUGGUUUUCCGAACGCCGGAAAAUCGACGUUUUUGAAAGCAAUAUCUCGAGCAAGGCCAAAAAUCGCUGCUUAUCCGUUUACUACUUUGGAGCCCCAAGUAGGUGUAAUCAAGUUCGAUGACUUGAGAACUUUCAGCAUCGCGGAUCUUCCGGGUCUGAUCGAAGGAGCUGCGACAGAAAACCGGGGACUCGGACACAAAUUCUUGAAACAUGUCGAAAGAACGAAGGUUCUUUUAUUUGUGGUUGAUCUCUUUGGAUUCCAGCUUAGUCCGAAACACCCAUUCAGGAAUGCGUUUGAAACUAUAUUAAUGCUCAACCGGGAACUUGAAGCUCACUGCGACGAGCUAAUUGAUAAGCCUGCAAUGCUUCUUCUGAACAAAAUCGACAGGCCAGGGGGUUACGACAAGUUUUUGGAAAUGGAAGAAAUCAUGAAGUCAUACCCAGAAUCCGCCCAGCACUUCUGGGAGCAGUUGGAAUCCACAGGCUCGAAUCCCAAGCCCUUCAAACCCGAGCAUUUAUUCGACUUUCGGAAAAUUUUGCCCAUGUCUGCGAAAAGCGAUGCAGGAAGUGUAGAAACCGUGAAGUGGGCGUUGCGAGAAGCUAUGGACGAAUUAGGAAAUGAGAAGUUGGAUCUGAACGCGGAUGAAGUAGUGGCUGUGACAGAGUCACGUAUCCGCGGUCACGGACCGACUUUGCUGCUUUUUUGCGUGACUUGGAAUGUGCAAGGAAGAGCCCCUUUGGGAAUCGAUGCCGAUUUGAAGCAGUUGUUGGGACUGAAUGACAACACUGACAAAGUCGAUGUAGACGUUUUCGCAAUUGGGCUUCAGGAGAUUCCGAUCGGACCCCAGUCCCUGUUGAAUGACACACUUUUCGACGAUGUUUGGUCUGAAGCAUUCGGGCGAUUGUUAUUCGCAAAAGGGUUCAUAAGAGUGAAACGAAUUCGAAUGCUCACUUCGCUGCUGUUGGUUUUCGUGAGGAAGAAGCAUUUGCUGCAGUGUCGUGAUGUUUUCACUGCAUCAACUCGUUCGGGAGUCGCUGGAGUUCUCGGAAAUAAAGGAAGCCUGACAGUGAGGAUGACGUUGCGAGGAACGUCGUUAUGCUUGGUGAACUCUCAUUUGCCGGCCCAUGAUUAUCUGUUGGGCGAGCGGAUCAAGUGCUACAAUGACGCUGUGAUGACGCAAUCCGUCCCGGUUCGUGAAACGCCAAAGAUUCUAUACCACGACUACGUGUUCUGGUUCGGGGAUCUUAACUUUCGACUAGAUGACGAAAAAUCACCGCUGAAACCUAGUCAAGCUCCGAAUGGUGUGUUGAACUUUGAAAAGGUAUUGGAGAAAAUCUCGGCAGGAAAUACGAAAGAGAUCUUGACGAGCCACGAUCAGCUGAACCGUUGUAUGCGAAAUAACGAAUGCUUCGCGGAAUUGAAGGAAAGUCUGCCGAGUUUUCCCCCGACUUACAAGUUCGUUGCUGGAACGAAUCGCUACGAUCCGGUGAAAUUGCCUGCCUGGUGUGACAGAAUUUUAUACGCAGUUGGUGACGGGAAUUACGACGAACUGGAGCUGAAGCUGUGUCAGCACAAGUAUAACUCAUUUCCCGGUUUGGCAUUGAGUGAUCAUCUUCCUGUUUACUCCGUCUUCUCUUUCACUGUGUUUCCAGAAAAAGGAAUCGAUGUGAAGUUCAGGGAACCUAUGGAAAAUUGGGUGAUAGGCGAAGAUGCUUUGAUUGAGCUGGAAGUUUUGCAUCGCCACACGAUUAAUCCCUUUGACUGGGUCGGAAUGUUCAGGAAAAACUUUGCAUCUCUGGAUGCGUACCAGUCCUACAUGUCUGUGGCAUCAGCACAAAGUCGAGACAUGGGCGACAAACGGCUUUUACGAGUAACGUACCCUACAUCUCUUAUCGUACCCGGGGAAUACAUUUUGAUGUACUUCGACCAUCGCAGCUCGUCUGUCUUGGGUAUCAGUUCAAGUUUCAAUGUGAGUUUCGAAGUCAAACCGUUGGCGAGACAGGACAGGACUGAAUAAUAUGCGUCGAAAGAUGGAUCUUCAUUUCGAGAACCGGAACAAAAUGAUUGAUAGCAAUCGUUGAUUUUUUGUUGGUGUUUAAAUGUUUGUAUGACCAUGUCAAUUGGAAAUUUUAAAACCUUGCCUUUCGUGUGGGAACAGGUAUGAAGCGACAAGUAUUUGCGUUUUUCUCAUUUUUUUGGGUUUAAGAUGGUGGCCUUGGAGGAGAAAACAUUGUUACCGUUGAGGAAGAAGGAAUUUUGAAACUGGA